AUGCUGGCCCGAUUCGGCUCUACUUCAUGUCCCGCUGAUGAUGCUGCAGAUGAUGCUGAUCCGGGCGCUGGUCCUGAUGCAAGCCAAGGUCCCACCCACCGCUGCCGAACUCUGGCCUCUCCCAGCGGCCGGAAACUGCCGAACGCACGAACAUCCGCCGCCAUCUUGCUACACCCUGCAGCCGCCCAGACACAAAAGUCCUCGGGCGGACGGCUACUGCUGGGGUGUAGGAAGAUGGAGGGGGUGAAUAUGCUUUCUUUGGAGUAUGAUAAAGGAUAUGAAGAGUACUACAUACCUUCCAGUCCCCAGCAGUCAUAUAAAGUGCUAAGUGUACAGAAUUCUGGAGAUAGAGGCCUUUGCAGUGCAGAGGUGGCUCCCGGUGUACAGAAACUCCCCAAAAGGAAAGAUUCAUCUCCAAAACGGAUAUCCAACACAGAGACUCUCAUGAGAACUGAGGCUGAUCAGGCUAGACCGCAGACCCACUCUGUUCUGAGAGCCGAUACCAGUCUGUUUAGAACCAUAGCCAGAUGUCCUCCAACAACUAGUCGCAUCCAGUUUAGAAAUGGCAAAGAGUCUACUUCACCAGAUACCAGUCAAUCCAAAGCCAUCACCAAAUCUUCUCCAACUGUUACCAGUCAACUGCGACCCUCCAUUAAAUUCCCGCCAACAGAUGCCAAUCUAUUAAGAUCGACCUCCAAAACCACUAUAAUACCUGAUUCCAGCCAGUCAAGGCCUCUAUCCCAGUCUACACCAAGUACUGACUCCAUUCACCUUAGGUCCACCACCAGAGGUCCAAAAACUGACUUUGUUCAACUGAGGCCCACCACCAGCUCUCCGAGAACUGACUUCAUUCAACUUAGGCCCACCACCAGAUCUCCUCUGAGAACUGACUACGUUCAGCCGAAGCCCACCACCAGAUCUCCUCAAAGAACAAAGGCUCCAAAAACUGAAAGAAGGCCAGUGAAACCGCAGACUGAAGCUACUCCAAAUACUCAUAGCGGACCCCAGACCAAGAGUGAUCCCCGAACUGACAGCACUGUGACUGUUUGUGAUGAGAGUAAGAAAGGUAAAUUGCUGGUCAGUCCCGGCACACCUCGUGCUUGUAGUGAGGCUUCCCUUGCCGAUCCACCACAGCAGCAAUCUGUGGCCAAGCGUGAAAAGACGCAGGACAGGUUGGAUGGUGACUGUCCUUGCCCUCGGAGUAAUGCAAAGGCCCGAAAGAGUCACCAAGUGGCGAAGGAGGAUCCUGAGGAGGAUUCAGGGCUCUUCAUCCCUGUAGAUGUACAGCUCCCGGAUGAGAAGAAGAAAAGGAAGCGGCUUCCAAGUAAGAAGAAGAGAGGGAACAGGCUAGAGGAUGAUGAAAUCCCAAUAUCGUGUGAACAGGACCAGGAGCUGGAACGAGCUCUGGAGGAUGGAGCCAAGCAGCACAAUCUCACAGUCGUUAAUGUCCGCAAUAUCCUACAUGAAGUGAUCACCAAUGAGCAUGUUGUAGCCAUGAUGAAAGCUGCUAUUACAGAGACGGAAGUUCCGUCUCCCUUUGAGCCAAAGAUGACCCGGUCCAAGCUGAAGGAGGUGGUGGAGAAAGGAGUGGUCAUCCCUACUUGGAAUCUCUCUCCAAUCAAGAAAGCCAACAAAGUGCAGGCGCCCCAGUUUAUGGACAUUCAUCUAGAAGAUGAAGAUUCAUCUGAUGAGGAAUACCAACCAGAUGAGGAAGAGGAGGACGAGACGGCUGAGGAGAGCCUGCUGGAGAGUGACGUGGAGAGUACAGCAUCCUCCCCCCGCGGACACAAACGCCAGAGAGCGCAGCAUUUGUCUGAGUCUCAGGAGGACGAAUCGACUAAUGCACUGUGAUGGUUUUCUCAGAAUGCUUCACCUUCCAUUUCGAGGCAUAUGAGCUUUGAGUCCAUCCCUAUGGGUCCUCCACCGCCUCCCAAGGCCAAGCACACCCAAGACAUCAACUUUAUGGAGGAGCUGCACGCAGUGGAUGAGGAGUUGGAACGAAACAUUGUCACUAUGGAUACGUUCCAGCCCCUGGAUGAAAGCCUGAUUGCCUUCCGUACACGAUCCAAGCGGCCUCUAAAGAAUGUGCCCAUCGGGCAGCUGGAGGCGAAGCUUCGGGCUCCAGACAUCACACCAGAUAUGUAUGACCACAGCACAGCAGAUGAUGAGUACUGGAAGAUGUGGCUGUGCAGCCUUAUGCAGGAAGAUGUAGGAAAUGAGGAUGAAUGUGAUGAUGACGAUGACCCAGAGUACAACAUUCUGGAGGAUUGGGACGAGCCAGAUACUGAGGAUCUGCGCAAUGAUCGAGCCGUAAGGAUCACCAAGAAGGAGGUGAACGAGUUGAUGGAGGAACUCUUUGAGACGUUUCAGGAUGAAAUGGGACUCUCGCAAGUGGAAGAUGAUGGACCGGAUGACGAGGACAGUAAUUCUGACCCUUUCCCGGAUUUCAACACCCCGCAAGCCAUAAGGUUUGAGGAGCCUCUGGCCAACCUGUUGACUGAGCAACAUCGCACAGUGAAAGCCCAACUGGAGUAUCUGCGUAUGAGGAAAUCCAUGAUGAAGACCGAUGAUGAUAAAUGUUCAGCAAGAGACCCAGAAACACAGAGGCCGCCUCCGGCCCCCAAAGCCCCCCCAGUCUUGACCCUGGACGCAGCACAGAGGAAGAGACUGCAGCAGCAGAUGCAGCAGCACGUCCAGCUCCUGACGCAGCUUCAUCUCCUGACCUUCCGUAACCCCCGCCUGAGCGUGGAAGCUGAGACUGCACAAAUGUACCUGGUAGAGCUAUCCAGCUUUGCAGAGAGCUCCUCUCAGUCCCAUCAACAAACUCCUGAGUUCCAGAGUGCAUUCCAUUCAGACAACCUGCGGGAGGCGCUGCAGUUGAUCCCCCUGGUACAUAGCCAGGUUCCAGAGGACCCCGAACCUCUCAAACCAGCCAGAAAGAAUGUCAAUGAGGUGUCUGAUUUGCCCAAACACACUGCGUGGGUUAUGGCUACUAGGCCAGUGUUUAUGUACCCAGAGCUGCUGCCUGUGUGUGCCAUGAGAGCCCGGGGCCCCAGAGACAGGGUCUUCUUCACCAAGGCUGAGGACAGCUUGCUGGCUCUUGGAUUGAAACACUUUGAGGGAACAGAUUACUCCAAACAGCUGAUCAGCAAAUAUCUGUUAACGGCCAAAACUGCUCAACAACUGACCGUACGGAUCAAGAACCUGACCAUGAAGAAAUCUCCGGAUAAUGUCAUUAAGUAUUACAGGAAGACCAAGAUGUUACCCCCACUGAGCAGAUGCUGCGAGGAUGUCUCCCCUCAGGAUCUAUGCCCCCCGGUGGAGAGGGAGAAACACCGACUGCCGUUCUGGAUGAAGGCCAGUCUGAGCAGCAUUGAGGCUUACAUGGAAAAUUUGGAGAAGAACACAAAAUCAAGCGACUCCAAAUACCCUCUGAUCCUUCCGCCUGCCGUGGCGCUGACACUCAAACCCCUUCCCAGAUGUUUCUAUCGCAGAUUGUGGCGCCAGAGGAGGCCUUCUGUACUAAAACCGCUUCUGAUCCGUCCUAGUGCCAGCACCACCUGUACCCCAAAACUGUCAGCCAAACCUGUGGCCCCCCAGACUGUCCCCAUCAGAAUCAUCGGCCAGGUGCCGCCUCUCCUGCAGCCUGCUGUUCCCGUGCAAGGAAUUGUUAAUAUUCAGCCAGUCGGAGUGCCAAUUGGCCGUAAGGGGCCUGAUAUUUGCAUCCCCAUCUCGUCUAAUAAGAGGACGGCUCCGCUGUGUGGCAAUACCUCAGCCGCUAAAGUGACUCGCGCCCCCGUUUCCCAGACCAGGAUGAUUAUGCCUGCUACAUCUAACCCACGAAUCAGAAAGUCCUUGCUGGGUGGCAUUCCUAAAAUAAAGACGGUGCCCCGUACAGUUGGCAUCAAGGCGGCUCCCUUGGUGCACUCCGCACCGGUCCUUUUCGCUGUGCCUAAUGGAGCUCUGAAGCUGGUGCGUCUCGGCACUCAAUGUAGCAUCCUCCAGCCAGUUGGUGCCAGCACUGGGGUCCCGGUCACCACUGUCUUUCUAAAUCCCACCCACAUGCCUCUCAAUUCAACCCUCAUAUCGCCUCCUUUCAAGCAGAUCCAGGAGACAGUGUCUUUGGCCACUGAUGUUGAAGGAGGCCGCAGCAGCCCCAUAGUGGAGACCAAGACUUCUGUAAAGAAGGAAGAGGACGGCGAAUGGGACUAUAUAACUGUUGAAGUGAAGGACGAGGUCAGCCCAGCUUGUGCAGGAGAAGGGAGCCCUGACGGGUCACUGAACCAAGAUGGUGGGGGUUCGGAAGGUGCUGGAGAGCAGACGCCAUCGGAUGACAAACCUAUAGAUAUUAAGCACGCUACUGAUGUCGCAAGUCAUGAGACUGUAAACAGUGAGACGUCAGCGGUAAAUGUGCAGAGUAGCACCAGCGCUGGGGGUGCGUCUGGUAGUGCUGCAGGCGGGGGGCAGCCUCACUCUGAGGAUAUAAAGGAAGAGGAGCAGGAUUUAGAGGUUUCUCCUAAGGAUGAGAUAGACCCAAAGCAGGAGGACUUGGAGGAACCUGAGGAUGGCAACGCAGAUGUCAAUGAGCCACAGAAACAGGAGAGCGGAGGAGGGCCCGCAGACUCCCCAAAGAACACGUCAUCUUCCACCGAUGGAGACGUAGAGAUGAGCAGUCCCUCCGCUGCUCCCCAAGAUUACUCCAGUCCGCCGGGGGGACAAGACCUUGCCAAUGAUAAGGACGGUGCAGAAGAGGAAGAAGAAGAGGACUUUGAUGACCUGACACAGGAUGAGGAUGAGCUGUCCUCUGCUUCUGAGGAGUCGGUUCUGUCUGUUCCAGAGCUGCAGGAGACCAUGGAGAAGCUGACGUGGCUGGCCUCAGAGAGGCGGCUGAGCCAGGAGGCAGAUUCAGAGGAGAACUCCCAGGAGGAGAACACAGAGGAGGAGGAAGAGGAGGAUGCUGCGGAGGGAUCGUUGCAUAAACCAGAAGGGAUGACAGAUGAGACCGGCGAGGAGUGUGAAAAGCUGGAUGCAUCUCACCUUCGGGUCCCAUCUCCGGCCCCUGUGGAGACCAGUACCACUCCUGCUGGAGAGAGGAGACGUACUGGCACUAAGGGCCCCAACUUGCAUCGUGUCCGGAACAGAAGAGGGCGUACACGGGCCAGCAAGGACACCUCUAAACUACUCUUACUGUGCGAUGAGAAGAUCCUUUUAAAAGACCCUUUAAGAGAACAGAAAGACAUGGCUUACGCCCGCUCCUACCUCACCAGGGUUCGGGAGGCUCUGCAGUCGGUCCCGGGUACCUAUGAACAGUUCCUGAACAUCAUCUAUGAGUUUGAGACGAGCAGUGGUAAAAGGACAGCGGUAGAUCUGUACGAGAGUCUUCAGCACCUCCUGCAGGACUGGCCACAGCUCCUCAAGGAUUUUGCUGCAUUUCUGCUCCCGGAACAAGCGCUGGAGUGCGGCCUGUUCGAAGAACAGCAAGCGUUUGAGAAGAGCCGCCGAUUCCUGCGCCAGUUGGAGAUUUGUUUUAAGGAGAACCCUGCUCAUCACCAGAAGAUCAUCAAACUGCUGCAGAGCUGUGCAGAGUGCCCCGUACAGGAGAUUGGAAAGCUGAAAACUCAAAUGUGGCAGCUGCUGAAGGGCCACCACCAUCUUCAGGAAGAGUUUUCUCUUUUCUUUGACCAGCUCAGGCCUCCUGCCAGCCGCAUGGAGGAUUUUGAGGUCAUGAACUGGACCGAGGAUAAGGAGCACAAAUUUGAUGGAUUUGAAGAAGUAGUGAUACCGGAAAUGGAUGAGGAGGAGGAGCCGGGCAAAGUGCCUCCAACUCAAAGGAACAAGAGGAGAAAGGAGGCCAGCCACAGCCAGGACAAGGAUGGGGACUGGCUGGAUGGCGGGAAGGAUUGCCCGUGUUCUUGUCAUGAUGGAGGAACAGAGCAGAGGCUAAAGCGUUGUAAGAGGAGGCUGUGCAGUCACUGCAGCAGUAAGGCCUGUGAUCGUUCCCAGCGGCCAGCAGAUGCUGCGUUUCGUCAGGGCUCGGCAGGUGAUGGCAGGACUAUGCUGAAGGCCUCAGGAGAGGAGCGGACAACUGCUGGGACCGCGCACAGAUGUCGCUCCACCCUGCAUACACGUGGCAUCGCUGAAAGCACCAGCAAACAGAGGACACAGUCUAAGGACAUUGGGCGCUCUGCCCUCCGAGGGGCCCGCAGACCUAAUGCCUCAAAGGAUUUGGCUCCUACAUUGACAGAAAAGGAGAGCGCGUGCUCACCACAGUCCCAUUCCGAUCCCUGCACCCCAAAUAGUGUGGAAAACCCUGGGACUCCAGUGGAGGCUGCCACCCGCUGCACCACACCGACCGAAAUUCCAUCUGUUUCCCUCUCCGUCUCCGAACCGAAUCUCCCCAUUGAGGAAAACUGCGACCUCCAGCCCACCGAUCGGGAGGAGCAGACGCUCCCCAUGUGUGCCAAGAAUAUCCGGCUCAGCUCCAGCGGAGAGAAGGUCAUUGUGUGGACCAGGGAGGCUGAUAGGGUCAUUCUCACCAUGUGCCAGGAGCAAGGAGCGCACGACCAGACGUUCAGUGCCAUCUCUGCACAACUUGGCAACAAGAGUCCUCCUGAGGUGGCUCAGCGAUUCCGGGAACUCGUCAAUCUCUUCCAGACCGGCUGCGUUACCAGUUCUGAUGAGGAGGAGGAAGAGGAAGAGGCUGCAAUAAUAGGGCAGAAUGUGUCAGACCCAGAAGCUGCCCGGUCUGAGGAGGAUUAG